GUGGCGUACGUGUGACGUCAAUUUUCUGCGACUGCAUGCCUGGCAACCUCUGUCGAUAUCAAUAUGGCACUGUUUCCAGCUUUUGCAGAAGUUUCCAGGGACAAAGUUGCAGACUCGUCCAGUGAAUUGAACUGGCUGAACAAUAAGAGUUUUCAGACUAGCGAUGCCCUGUCCCUUCACAGUCGCUUUUUAGAGAAGAAAAGUGAUGAGCUUCUCAACAAGGACUCAAGCAAAGACGGAAAAGAUGAGGAUAGCGUGCCAGUAAAGAAAAAGAAGCAUGAAAAGCAUGGGAAAAAAAAGAAAAAACACAAAGAAAAGAUUCAAAGGUCAACAGAAAGCAGUGGUUCAGACUCUGAACCAAUCUUCCCAAGUGAUCUCAAGCGGAAAGAACUCGAUAGGCCACAGGCUGCUCCAAUAGCAAGUUCUUUCUCAUGGUUGGACGACAUCCAGUCCACCAUAACACAGCCAUUCUGUGUCGACUCGAAAUCUGAUGCUUCCAACUGGACGUACAAGUCUCUCUACAGGGGAGAUGUAGCGAGAUACAGGAGAAAAGGCAGCUCAACACUGGGCCUGGAUCGCCGCAGACAAGAAGUAAGCUGGGAGGAUGCCAAAAAGAAACGUAAAGGGAGAGACAAGCAGAAAGGAGAAGACAGAUAUUUUUCGAGAGUGUGUCGUCAGCUGCUCAGAUCGCAACUACCCCUGCUGACAUUACCAAGAGUUCCUGAAAGCAGUCAUAUCACCAAAUCCAGUGUUUUUCUUUCACUGGAGGACAAUGAGGGAGAGAAAAAAGAAGAGGCAGGUGUAAGAAUACAGACGUCAUCAGUGAAUCCCCUUGGCGUGUACGACUCCACCACCGCUCUCUGGCUGCAGGGGAAGGGAAAGCAAGAACAGAUAGAUCCCGACGACAAGCCUAGCUUGGAGACUGGGCAGGAAGUUGUGCUUCAAAUGGGCCAGACUGAAGAGUUUAACAGGAAACUGAGAGAGACACCCGAAGACACGCAGCUCUGGUUGAAGUUCAUUAGAUAUCAGGACGAACUGAGUGAGACUGUAUUUGGAGGUGAAGAAGACCAACAGAGCAAAGAACUGGAGCGCCCCAAGUCCUCGUACAAAGCUGUGCUGGAGAAAAAACUGAGCAUUGCGGAGCGGGCCGUUGCCACAAACCCCAGCUGUGUCGCUCUGCAGCGGGAGAGGCUCCGAAUCUGCCAAGAGCUUUGGGAACCAUCAGCACUGGCUAAAGAAUGGAAAAAACUGGUCUUUCUCCACCCUAAUAGUGGCCCCCUGUGGAAGGAGUAUCUCCUCUUCACCCAGAGUUACUUCAGCAACUUUAGUGUGUCAAAGGUUAACACUGCGUAUGGGAAGUGUCUCAGCAUGCUCAGUGCUGUGCGGGAUGGCAGCAUGGUGUCCCACCCUGCGCUGCCGGGGAUUGAGGAGGAUAUGCUAGAUAUAUUUAUUCAACAAUGCCAUUUCCUCCGUCAGUGUGGACACUCAGAGAAGGCGUUCUCUCUCUUUCAAGCCAUGGUUGAGUUUACAUUCUUCAAACCUGACAGUGUACAACAACUGUCCACUAAGCAACAGGCUGAAUUCUUUGAGCCAUUCUGGGACAGCGGUGAGGCAAGAGUUGGGGAGUGGGACGCCAGAGGUUGGAAAGCAUGGAUGAUCCAUCAGGAGCGAGGGGGAUGGGUGCAGCCCAGUGCAGAUGAAGAAGAAGAGGAGGAGGAGGACGAAGAGGAGGAAGUCAAGGACCGUAGCCAGCCUAGAUGGACAGUGUGGCUGGACGUUGAGUCAUCACGUGAGGCUGCACAUUGGUUACCGUGGAGGCCGGAAAAAAACAAGGGCCAAUCAGAAGAUGACUGUGAUGACCCAGAGAGGCAGGUGCUGUUUGAUGACAUCGGCCCUUCUCUAAUUUGUCUCUCCUCGUCAGAGCUCCAGCUCCGCCUCCUUCUCAAUUUCCUGUCUUUUUUGGGGCUGCCAGUCGAUAAUGUGCUUUCUGCUGGCAAUUGUCUUCCUGGCCUGUUGCUGGAGGAACUCGCUCUGCUCACUCAGGGAAGUGACUCCCGACAUGCUCUGACUUCCCACAACCUACCUAAUGGAAUGAGCUCUGUUGGUCACAUGACCACACUUCAGGGAACCAGGAAAUGGACAGGGCUUGGAAAGCAGGGCGAGAAGUUUGUCAAUACAAUGUUUCAUAUGCUUCAACCUGUCCUUUCAUCUCAACACCGAACUAUCCUGUCACUCAGUCGGAUGCAGUAUGAGAAACUUAAGGUGUUUCGUUGCUUGAACGACAGCAAAAAACGUCUCCGUUCUCAGAGCAAAAUCAGCAAACGGAUCGCCAAAUCACUACUGAAAGAACCUGACAACCGCUCAUCUUUGGCAAUGUGGCGAGAGUUCGCCCACAUGGAGUGGUUGCUCGGUAACGUUGAAGAAGCUCGGAAAGUGUUUUCUACAGCUACGGCUUUAGGCGGGGGCAAAGGGCUGUGUAACCCUUCCCUCUGUGAGUUGUGUCUGCUGUGGGCUCAACUGGAGGUGGAGUAUGGAGCAAAUGGGCCAGGAGGGGUACUCAACGAAGGAGGCGCAUCACCGGCUGUGUGCGUGCUCACCAAACUCGCCUCGGGGAGCACCUUAUCAUCAUCAUCACAGCCCGUCUCGCCGGUUGCCAUCCUCAAGGCCAGGAAGUUGUAUGAACAAGCUCUGACUGCCAGUUUGUCCGCACUUGAUCAAGACCUCUGCAAUGCUCAUGCCAACGAAAAAGGUCAAGUGGCUGUCCUGGAAGAGAAAGUGAGAUUGGGAGGCCUGUUAGGAUGCUAUGCUUUGUUUCAAUAUCUCACUAUGGGCAUCAAAGCGGCAAGUGCGGUCUACACCCAGAACAGAGAACGAAUGGAGGAGCUGCAGGGCAAGCUCGAGUCUGAAAAACUUUUUGCCAGUAACCUGUUGGUUAGCAGGAUGGCUUCUGAAUGUGAGAUACUGGCGGUGCAGCAGGCAUCAUUGCUCAAGUACCACAUCGGCAUCGGUGUGUUUCCACUGGCGACACUGAGAGACACACUCACUUCUGCCCUUAUAAGAUGGCCUAGCAGUGCUCCUCUCUGGAGCAUAUAUGUACAGGUGGAAAACCGUUACCAUAGCGCUGGUCGGGCGCGCCGCUUUUUUCAUACUGUGACAAGGGAAAAUGCCAGUAUAGUGCCACGGCUAUUUGCUAUUGUUGCUGAACAACAGAGGAAACAGUUGGUGGAUGCAGCACAGAGGUCCUCUGACAAAAGCGCUGCCUUGAGUGUGCUGCCUGAGAAUGGUCUUAGCAACCGUAUCCGUGGACUGUUUGAAAGCGCUGUAGGAACUGAAAUGGGGGCUCACUGUCCUUUACUUUGGAGGAUGUACAUACACUACCUGGUGUCAGAGGGCAAGACGGAUAAAGCUAAGGGGCUCUUCUACAAAGCCUUACAAAAUAUUCCCUGGGUGAAGGGCUUGUACAUGGAUGCAGUGCAGCUGUUUCAUGACCAUCUACAAGAGUUUGUAGAUCUGAUGACGGAGAAAGAGCUGCGAGUCAGGUUGCCAUUGGAAGAACUCGACAUACUGCUGGAAGACUGAAACAAACUGGCUUGCAACACUUUUAUUAUAUAGCUCAGCAAUGUUUUUUUUAUUUUUCACCCAAAAUAUUUUGUUUAUAAUUUGUGAUGUUUUAAUUUAUUAAAAAAAGGUUGAAAGAUUCUUUCUGUAUUUUUGUCAUUUUCUGUUGUUGUUAGACUUGUCACAAAAUUGAAAGGUAGACAUUUUAAAUUAAAUUUUAAAGGGAUUAACAAGCACAAAAAAAUGACAGGCGAUAUUAAUUAUCGGUAGACUUGUAGCCGUAAUUUGUAUCAAACUACUUCAAUAUCACAUAUAGGAUUUUCAAAAUACAUAAUACUCCUGGUGAGACAAUACAAUGCCAUAUUUGGUUUUGAGGCAAACCUGAGGCAUUGCAUACUAUGUGACCCCGAAAUGCCUGAAAAUCAAUAGAAAGUGACCCUGAAAUGCCCCCAUUUCGACAGGACCCCAAAAUCAACAGGAAGUGACCCCAAAAUAAACAAAGUGACCUGAUAUACCGGCCAUCACAACCAAACUACCAUUGCAAUUUCUCAGAAAUGUCAUUUUUCUCGUUCAUGAAGAGCUUGUUCCAGUAAGUGAAACUGCUUGUGCCAAUGUUGCAACAGAGGAGGACUUAUUAUAUUUACCAUUUACAGAUGAUCCCGAUGUUUUAGCGAGGCCCUCACGUAGUAAAGCUGAGCUUCAAUCACUAAAUUACUUGCAGAUCCAAAAAGUAUGUAAUUCGAUAGCCCCUCUUAAAAUCAUUGUAAGAUACAACAUGGUCAUUCCUUCAUCUGCACAAAUAGAGCUAUUAUUUGCUGCUCUUAUAAAUAGGCGACAAAAUAACAGCUUGUUUGAAAAAUUAGUUGUCCGGAAAGGUAUAACUAAAUUCAAAGGAGAAGCUUGUGAUAAAAAAUGGCAGCUUUCGACCUUUUAGCUUUUAGAUGAUGACUUACUGUUUUGCCAUAUUUGGUAAUGUGUUAUUCAAUACUGGGGUAUGGAUUGUUGAAAUUAUGGCUUCCCUUGUUUGUCAUAAUUUGUUUACAUAGGGGUGGCGUGGCUCAGUGGUAGAGUAGUUGUCCCCCAACCCAGAGGUUGUGGAUUCGAUUCUUCGCCCUGAUGAACUCGCCUAAGUAUCCUUGAGCAAGAUACUGAACCCCAUGUUGCUCCUGGUGCUGCGUCACCAGUAGGUGAAUAGUGAGAUAGUGUAAAGCGCUUUGAGCGCCUUGAAAGGUGGAAAAGCGCUAUAUAAGUAUAACACCAUUUACAUAGUUUGGUCAUAUUUAUAGGGUGCCCUUUGUGUCCCCAGUUUAAAUUAAGCUGUAUUUUCACAAAAGUUGGACAAAUACUCAUUCAACUUAUUUUUGUGUAUUGCUAAUUGUUCUCUAUUACACAUUCAAGGGUACAUGCAACAUACAUCAUGGUUACCUCCGUCAAAAAUUGUAUGCCUUGGCCACGGGAGCGCGCACACAAACACAUUAGUUAUGAGUUAUGUCGACUUAAACAAUUGAAGCCAGAAAAGAACCACAGUUAUAUAUUUUGGACAUCAACAUUUAUUAAACUGGAGAAACUCCAUACAGGACUUGAAUUACAGUAAUAAGUAAUGUCAUCCUACGAGUAAAACUGUAAAACAUUGCUUUUUUUUUUUAACGUUUAGUACGUAGGUUACGUUAUAAGAAAAAAAAAAUUGGGGGAUGGAUGGGCCAUGUUUUAAAAUCUCGUAGAUAACUACAUCACCAAAACAUGGAAAUCAAGCAAAUCAGUGCAGCGCAGUGGCUCCGCCCAGGGGGUACAAUUUUUGACGCGGGUAACUACAUUGGCAUGAUGGCGGCGGGCAUACUAUAUUCAAUGGAUGACGAUCUUGGCGAAAAUAUAGCUGUCCUAAGUAGCCUGUUUUAGAAUUCCCCUCAAGAAUGAUGGGAAACAAAAAAAAAAAAAAGAUCAUUUUCAACAUUUUAUUUUAAACAGUGGUGUUACCAGGAUGCCAGGUGUGGGUGGGCAUUAGUCUCACCUGGGGGGCAAAAAAAAAAAAAAAAGCUACAAUGCUCAAGCAGGUCAAAAUCCAGCGUAGGGCUACUGGACCUUAAAACGUCUUGUAAACUCCUUGAGAUAACUUGUUGUGAUUUGGUCUAAACAAAUACAAGUUGAUUUGAUUUUAUUUGACUUACAACAAAUCCAUGACUGAACAUUAUGGACAUGCAGGUGACAAUGUUUUUUUUUAGGUAACCUAUUGUGGUUCCUCGGUUUUAUUAUUAUUAUUAUUAUUAUUAUAUUCUUUGUUCUUUGUUGAGCUCAAUUUGACCCCCGUAGAAUGCUCCAAAAUGCACCAUAAUCGGCAGGCAGGUCAAGACAGGUGCAAUUUUUGAUACCGUGUAUAGACAAAUUCCAAAUACACUAUGUAGCGCCCCCUAGCAGUCAUUCAUUGUCCCGCCGACGCUUUGAGCCCCACUUUGACCCCCUCAGAAUGCUUCAAACCUCACCAAACUCAACAGCCAGGUGAACACUGAUGAAAACUUUGACAAAAUGUAAAAAAAAAAAAAAAAUUCAAAAUAUGCGUAAAUGUGUAGCGCCCCCUAGGAAAAAAAACUUUUUUUU